CCUUCGAUAGGUAUCGAUAGCCUACUGUCUGGUCACACCAUUCCGAGCCGACCUCGCCGCCUGCUGUUUACAUAGUUUUGUUUUAAUUUUAAUGGUUAAUUCCAACAGGUAGCUGGAGAUCCUUGUGCAAUGACUGAAACCCCCGCCGGAGAGACCGAGAAACGUCCACAAUUCGGCACCCGGCUGCUCACCAACAGCGAAGACGUCUUCAAGCACAAUGCUUGGGACCACGUGCAAUGGGACGAGGAGCAGGAACAGGCUGCACAGGCAGCGGUGGCCAAGAACUCAGCCAGCAAGAUGAACCAGGAGGACAAGGAUCGUUUUCAGUCGGAGGCUCCAAAGUUCUGGGACUCUUUUUAUGGGAUACACGACAAUCGAUUCUUUAAGGAUCGUCACUGGCUCUUCACCGAGUUUCCAGAGCUGGCUCCGUUGGAAACGAAAACACCUCAGGAACGCAGUAUCUUUGAGCUGGGCUGCGGAGUGGGAAAUACCAUUCUUCCUUUACUAGAGCACAGCUCUGAAGAAAACCUUAAAGUCUUUGGCUGUGACUUCUCGGCGAGAGCAAUUGAAAUCCUUCAGAGUCAACGACAGUUCGAUGGGAAAAGAUGCCAGGUGUUUGUUAUGGACGCCACUUUGGACCAGUGGCAGGUACCUUUCGAGGAAAACUCGCAGGAUAUAAUUGUAAUGAUCUUCGUCCUGUCGGCCAUUGAGCCUAAGAAAAUGCAGCGUGUCCUGGAAAACUGUUAUCGCUACCUGAAGCCUGGAGGUUUGCUCCUGUUUCGUGACUAUGGCAGAUAUGACUUGGCGCAGUUGCGUUUCAAAACGGGAAAGUGCCUCGAAGACAACUUCUAUGUACGAGGUGAUGGAACCAUGGUGUACUUUUUCACCGAGGAGGAGCUGCGGGAUAUGCUGACCAAGGCGGGACUGCUAGAGGAGCAACUCAUAGUGGACAGACGGUUGCAGGUCAACCGCGGUAGGGGCUUGAAGAUGUAUCGCGUUUGGAUUCAGACAAAGUUUAGAAAGCCUUUAUAGUUUUGUUUUAGUUU